AUUGGGAACGGGGCAGGAAUAACGGGAAUGGUGGGGAUGGGAUUGGGAACGGGGCAGGAAUAACGGGAAUGGGAACGGGCGGUGCCGGGAUGCCGGAGGUCAAUGGGACGGAAAGGGAGCAAAGCCGGGAUCUCAGGAUCCGGGAUCUCGGGAUCUGGGAUCACCGGGAUCUGGCAUCACCAGGAUCUGGGAUCACCAGGAUCUGGGAUCACCGGGAUCUGGGAUCACCGGGAUCUGGGAUCUUGGGAUCUGGGAUCACCAGGAUCUGGGAUCACCGGGAUCUGGGAUCACCAGGAUCUGGCAUCACCAGGAUCUGGGAUCCCGGGGUUUGGGACGGGAGAGGGGCAGGGAAGGGCCUGGAGCCGGGAUCUCGGGAUUUGGGAUCUCUGGGAUUUGGGAUCACCGGGAUCUGGGAUCACCGAGAUUCGGGAUCACCAGGAUUUGGGAUCUCCCAUCAAUGGGAUGGGAAGGGCCUGGGUUUGGGAUCACUGGGACCCAGGAUCUCCAGGAUUUGGGAUCUCUGGGAUUUGGGAUCACCAGGAUCUGGGAUCACCGGGAUCUGGGAUCACCGGGAUUUGGGAUCUCUGGGAUUUGGGAUUUCUGGGAUUUGGGAUCUCUGGGAUUUGGGAUCAGCGGGAUUUGGGAUUUCUGGGAUUUGGGAUCUCUGGGAUUCAGGAUCACCGGGAUCCCUUAACUCUGGGAUUUGGGAUCUCUGGGAUUUGGGAUCUCUGGGAUUUGGGAUCUCUGGGAUUCAAGAUCAGCAGGAUUUGGGAUUUCUGGGAUUCGGGAUUUCUGGGAUUCGGGAUCACCGGGAUUCGGGAUCUCUGGGAUUCAGGAUCACCGGGAUUCCUUAACUCUGGGAUUUGGGAUCUCUGGGAUUUGGGAUCUCUGGGAUUUGGGAUCUCUGGGAUUCAGGAUCACCGGGAUUCCUUAACUCUGGGAUUUGGGAUCUCUGGGAUUUGGGAUCAGCGGGAUUUGGAAUCAGCGGGAUUUGGGAUUUCUGAGAUUUGGGAUCUCCGGGAUUCGGGAUCUCCGGGAUUCGGGAUCAGCGGGAUUCGGGAUCAGCGGGAUUUGGGAUCUCUGGGAUUCGGGAUCAGCAGGAUUCGGGAUCAGCGGGAUUUGGGAUCUCUGGGAUUUGGGAUCAGCGGGAUUCGGGAUCAGCGGGAUUCGGGAUCUCUGGGAUUCGGGAUCAGCGGGAUUCGGGAUCAGCGGGAUUUGGGAUUUCUGGGAUUUGGGAUCUCUGGGAUUCGGGAUCAGCAGGAUUUGGGAUUUCUGGGAUUCGGGAUCAGCGGGAUUUGGAAUCAGCGGGAUUUGGGAUUUCUGAGAUUUGGGAUCUCCGGGAUUCGGGAUCUCCGGGAUUCGGGAUCAGCGGGAUUCGGGAUCAGCGGGAUUCGGGAUCUCUGGGAUUCGGGAUCAGCGGGAUUCGGGAUCAGCGGGAUUUGGGAUCAGCGGGAUUCGGGAUCAGCGGGAUUCGGGAUCAGCGGGAUUCGGGAUCUCUGGGAUUUGGGAUCUCUGGGAUUCGGGAUCACCGGGAUUCGGGAUCACCGGGAUCCGGGAUCUCCGGGAUUCGGGAUCAGCAGGAUUCGGGAUCAGCGGGAUUUGGGAUCUCUGGGAUUCGGGAUCAGCAGGAUUCGGGAUCUCUAGAAUUUGGGAUCAGCAGGAUUGGGGAUCUCUGGGAUUUGGGAUCAGCGGGAUUCGGGAUCUCUGGGAUUUGGGAUCUCUGGGAUUCGGGAUCAGCGGGAUUCGGGAUCAGCGGGAUUGGGGAUCUCUGGGAUUUGGGAUCUCUGGGAUCCGGGAUCAGCAGGA